AUGUCCCCGACUCUGAAACCGACAAGGCCACCCCACUCAAAGUCAAGGACGCACCCUACCCCCGUCCCGGAUCUCCACGAAAUCGUCAUCCAAACUCGCGCCGUCGCAAUCAAUCCUGUCGACUUUGCCAUUCAGACUGUGGGAACUGGCCUUUUCCCAGGGCUCACAUUCCCCAGAACCCUUGGCAUGGAUCUCGCGGGCACAAUUGUGGAAGUCGGCAAUGCAGUUACACGCUUCAAGGCAGGCGACCGAGUCCUUGCACACCCCGAUGUCCUGAAGAAGACUGCUGCAGGAGCAUUCCAAUUAUUUAUCGUUGCUCAAGACAACAUGGCGUCUCAUUUUCCGAACAAUACGAGCUUCGAGGAAGCAUGUGUGCCGCCUGCCUGUCUCUCCGUGGCCGCGUGCGGGCUGUUCCAGAAAGAUUAUCUCGGGUUGGAAUGUCCUACGGUUCCUCCAACACCGAAUGGAAAGAUACUCCUGGUUUGUGGUGGAAGCACUAGCGUGGGGUGUAAUGCUAUCCAGCUUGGUGUUGCCGCGGGCUAUGAAGUCGUGACUACAUGCUCUCCGCAUAAUUUCGAAUAUGUGAAGAAACCUGGCGCGGGAUAUGCCUUCGAUUACAGCAGUCCGACGGCUGUAGAAGAUAUCCUUGUCGUGCUGAAAGGGAAGCUUUGUGCAGGUGCGGUGGCGAUUGGGAAUAUUUCUCCUCCUGGGAAUGGGACGGCGGCGGCGGAAGCGUGUCUUGACAUCGUCGCGAAGAGCCAGGGAGCAAAGUUCGUGGCUUUGGCAAUGGUAUAUCAAGGUAAGAUGCCGGAAGGGGUCGACGGGAAGUUCAUCAUAGGAAGUACGUUGAAGGAUAACGAGCUUGGUGCGAAGAUUUUCGAAGAAUUUUUGCCGAAGGCGUUGGAGGCGGGGAGCUAUCUAUAUGCGCCCGAGCCGUUGGUUGUUGGGCAAGGGUUGGAGAGAAUUCAGGAGGCCUUUGAGGUCGUUAAAAAGGGUGUGAGUGCAAGGAAAGUGGUAGUCUCGUUGUGA